GAGCAGGUGGCCCGUUUCCUCCAGCGACGCGCCUCGCAGCUGAACAGCCGGGUGCUGUCCUCCAUUGCCUCGCGUGUGGGAGCAGAUCCCAUUGCAAAGGUGCGCACCAUGAUCGAGGGCUUGCUCGUGAAGCUGCAGGAACAGGCAAACGAGGAAGCUACCAAGAAGGGCUGGUGCGAUGCUGAGAUGACCAGCAACAAGGCCACGCGUGAGGAGAAGUCGGACGAAGCAGACUCCCUGCAGUCUGAGAUCGAUGAGAUGACGGCCACCAUUGCUGGACUUGGGGAGGAGCUGACGACUCUGAAAGCCGAGCUCACAGAGCUUGCCAGUGCCAUGGACAGCGCCACCGACCUGCGAAAGAAGGAGGAGGCCAAGAACACAGCCACCAUCAAGGAUGCAAAGGAAGCGCAGACCGCCGUGGCACAGGCUCUUGGGGUCCUCAAGGACUUCUACGCGAAGGCUGGCGAGGCAACCUCCCUCGUGGAGACAUCAUCCACUGCGGACGCCUCCAAACCGAAGAUCUUCAGCGAUGAGCCCUACAAGGGGAUGGGCGCUGAGGGCGGCGGUGUCAUGUCCAUGCUGGAGGUGAUCGAAAGUGACUUCGCACGUCUCCAGGCCGAAACUGAAUCAGCAGAGGAAGCUGGCAAGAAGGAAUACGAGGAGUUCAUGCAGGACUCCAAGCUGGACAAGGCCACCAAGACAAAGACUGUCGAGCAUAAGUCCAGCAAGAAGCAGGCCAAAAGCCAGGAGCUCACCAUGCUCCAGGCCGACCUCCAGGGAACUAAGAAGGAGCUGGAGGCCGCCAACGCCUACUUUGAGAAGCUGAAGCCCGACUGUAUCGACACCGGCGCGUCCUACGCGGAGCGUAAGGCUCAGCGGGAGCAGGAGCUCAAGGACUUGGAAGAGGCCCUGGACAUGCUCACCAGCGUGUAA